AUGAAGAAAUAUUUUGUAUUUGUUGCUUUGGCUAUUUCGAGUUUAACACGCACAGAUGCGCACAGAACUACGAAUAAUAUGGACAUCAGAGGAAGUUUCAUGCAAGAAUUAGGCAGUGAUUCCAAAACAUUUGAACCCGAUUCAAAUAUUAUGGACAUGGUCAGCCGUAUUUUGUCAUUUGAUAACCCAGAUUUGGAAUCCUCAAAAAGGCCUCGAUCCUUCAGAUUCGAACGAUAA